AUGUCCCCGGGGAAGCCCGGGGCGGGCGGAGCGCGGACGAGGCGGACCGGCUGGAGCAGGCGGAGGCGGAGACGGCGGCGGGGGGCGGCGACGAGGCCCCGCGAGCCCGGGCGCACCGCGGGCCCCGACUCGCGCGUCCCAGGCUCGCUCCAGGGCGCGCGGGGCAUGAAGCCGGCGGCGCGGGCGGCGCGGGAGGCGCGGCCGCCUCCACGUUGGCCGGGGCUGCGCCGGGCGCUGCCGCCGCUGCUGCUGCUGCUGCGCCUGGGCCAGGUCCUGUGCGCAGGUGAAUGCAACAGCUGUGAUCAGAUUACAUUCACAUCUACAGCUCACACAAUUCAUUUCAGCAAGGCAACAGAAAAAUUUUCGGUAACACCACUGAGCGAUUCGAGUGGCGGGCACCAGUGGCCUUCCACACCAGACAGUGAAGGGGGGCAUUUAAUCAAGGACCUGACACCUGGGACGCGCUAUCUUGUCAACUUUUCAGAUGGCUGCUGUGUGGUGCAAACAAAGCCCAGCCCGGUUUUUGGCCUUAAAGCUGUUUCCAUUGGUCCAACUGUUGCGACUCUUACCUGGGAAAACAAUGACACAGAUGCUUCUCAGUACAUGUAUCGAGUCAGGAAAAAGCAUGGGACGGAAGAGCAUGAGAUUCUCCUUACAAAUCAAACACAAGCUAACAUCAAAGGCUUGAGACCGGGAACUCCGUACACAUUCUCCAUUACCCCAGAAAUGGACCGUGGCAUUCUGGGAAACUCCAUGUACAUAAAUGUCACCACAGAGCUGAAUCCAGUUUCUGAUCUUCGGGCUGCCUUCGUGGGUGUGACUCAAGCUGUUCUUACCUGGAGGAACAACAACGGCACUGCCACCUGCUGGAUGCUUCUAGAAGACACAAAGCACUUACCUGUCAAUAUUUCAGAGCUGAAACCUGGGGUACAGUACAAUGUCAUCCUGAACUUUUCAGAAUCAAAUGGGACACAGACACCACCCGUGGUGCAGCGCUUAGAUGUCAACCAUGGAGAGAACUCCACGGCCCCUGGGUUCGACCUCGCACCUGCACACCCAGCUUCCUACCCACUUCUGACCCAGCACACAGAAGUCACGCUGAUGGGGUUGGAGGCCGACACAGCAUACAACGUCUCUCUGCAUUCUCAAACAGUGGAUGGCAUGGAAGGGCUGCCCCUGACCCUCAGCUUCCAGACAAAGUCUAGUCGGGUCUUUGACAUCACAAUUGUGAACAUCAGUGCCACAAGCCUGACCCUGACCUGGAAAAUCAACGAUAAUGCCUCGUCCUAUAGCUACAAGAUACAGGUUGUUGGGGAGACUUAUGUUCUCAAUUUCACCACCAAUGUGACUCAGGCUGUCAUUGCUCCACUCGAGUCCAGCACCUUCUACAACAUCACAGUGUGUCCUUUCUUGGGACAUGGGUCUGCGGGCACGCCAGGCUUUCUCCAAGUGUACACCCCCCCCCGUCCAGUUUCCAACGCCCAUGUGACAAAUGUUAGCACCAGGGAAAUUGGCUUAGCUUGGGACAGCAAUGAUGCAAAUUUCUUUAAGAUAAAGAUUACAAAGACUGGAACUGGAGAAUUUGAAAUGAAAAACACCACUAACCGAAGUAUUGUCAUUGGUGACUUGUAUCCUGGAACCAAUUAUUGCUUUGAAAUAGUUCCACAAGGACCAAAUGGGACUGAAGGGGAGUCCCAAACAGUUUGCGGUAGAACUGACUUCAGUGCGGUGUUCAACAUCUCCGUGGUCAAUGUCAUGUCCACAGAGAUGCAUCUGGAAUGGCAGAAUACAGAUAGGGCUCCUGGGUACAGCUACCAUCUCGUUAUUGUGUCUCAGAACUCCUCUCUCGAGAAGAACAGCACUCACACAGCCAUCACCCUCAGCAGCCUGGUCCCAGGCAUCUUAUAUAGCAUCACAAUCUCCCCAGAAUUGGACAAAAUCCAGGGGAACUCCAGCUCCAUUGAACAAUACACACGGCCCAGCAAUGUGUCUGAUAUUGAAAUAAGCACCAACACCACAGCAGCAACCUUUACCUGGAAGAACAUGGAUAAAGCUGCCCCCACAUACACCUACCACCUUUUUAUUGAGGGGGGUGAAAAUUCCAGCGACGUAAAGGAGGUGGUCACAGGUGUUGGCAUCACCAGUGCUACAGUCGCCGAAUUAACACCUGGCGCAUCGUAUACCGUGCGCAUCCUCACCAAAGUGGGGAAUGCCACCAAGUCGCUGGAGUCUGCUAGGCAGUCAUUCUGUACAGAUCCUGCACCGGUGACCUCCUUUGAAUGUGAAAUGGUCCCAAAAAAACCAACCUUGGUUCUCAAGUGGACCUGCCCGGAUGGCAUCAAUGCUGGCUUCCAGCUGGAGAUCAGCAGUGGGGCCUGGAGCAACGUGACCUCCCUGGAUAACUGCUCCUUGGACAACGGCACUGAGUACAGGAUGGAAGUCACAUAUUUGAACUUUUCUACCUCGUACAACAUCAGCAUCACUGCCUUAUCCUGUAACAAGGUGGCACCUCCUGCCCAAAACACCUGCCUCACUAGCAUCACAGACCCUCCUCCUCCAUAUGGCUCCCCUAAUAUUACAUCUGUCAGUCACUAUUCAGUAAAGGUCAAGUUCAGCGGGUUUGAAGCCAGCCGUGGACCCCUCAAAGCCUAUGCUGUCAUUCUCACCACUGGGGAAGCUCCACAUGCCACUGCAGAUGUUUUGAACUAUACAUAUGAAGAUUUCAAGAAGGGGACCUCGGACACGUACGUGACAUACCUCAUCACAACAGGCGACAAGAGACACUCCCAGGGCUUGUCUGAGGUAUUGAGAUACGAAGUGGAUGUUGGGAACGAGUCCAAGACACAUGGCUAUUACAACGGGAGGCUGGAGCCUCUGGGCUCCUACCGGGCUUGCGUGGCUGGCUUCACUAGUAUUACCUUUAACCCUCGCAAUGCCGGACUCAUAGAUGGGGCCCAGAGCUAUGUGUCCUUCAGCCGCUAUUCAGAUGCCGUUUUCUUGCCCCAGGAUCCAGGCGUCAUCUGUGGAGCAGUUUUUGGAUGUAUCUUUGGUGCCUUGGCUAUCGUGUCUGUGGGAGGCUUCAUCUUCUGGAGAAAGAAAAGGAAAGAUGCAAAGAACAAUGAAUUGUCCUUUUCUCAAAUUAAACCUAAAAAAUCCAAGUUAAUCAAAGUGGAGAAUUUUGAGGCCUACUUUAAGAAACAGCAAGCUGACUCCAACUGUGGGUUCGCAGAAGAAUAUGAGGAUCUUAAGCUUGUUGGAAUUGGGCAACCAAAAUAUACUGCUGAGCUGGCUGAGAAUAGAGGAAAGAAUCGCUAUAAUAAUGUUCUGCCCUAUGAUAUUUCCCGUGUCAAACUUUCAGUUCAGACUCAUUCUACAGAUGACUACAUCAAUGCCAAUUACAUGCCGGGUUACCAUUCCAGGAAAGAUUUUAUUGCCACACAGGGACCUUUACCCAACACUUUGAAAGAUUUUUGGCGUAUGGUCUGGGAAAAAAAUGUAUACGCCAUUGUUAUGUUGACUAAAUGCGUUGAACAGGGACGGACCAAAUGUGAGGAAUACUGGCCCUCCAAGAAGGCUCAGGACUAUGGGGACAUAAUUGUGGCAAAUACUUCAGAAAUUGUUCUUCCGGAGUGGACCAUCAGAGACUUCACAGUGAAAAAUAUUCAGACCAGUGAAAGUCACCCUCUGCGACAAUUCCAUUUCACCUCCUGGCCGGACCACGGCGUUCCUGACACCACUGACCUGCUCAUCAACUUCCGGUACCUUGUUCGUGACUACAUGAAGCAGAGUCCCCCGGAGUCCCCGGUCCUCGUGCACUGCAGUGCUGGGGUUGGAAGGACGGGCACUUUCAUCGCCAUCGACCGUCUAAUCUAUCAGAUAGAGAACGAGAACUCUGUGGACGUGUAUGGGAUCGUGUAUGACCUCCGAAUGCACAGGCCAUUAAUGGUGCAGACAGAGGACCAGUAUGUUUUCCUCAAUCAGUGUGUUUUGGAUAUUAUCAGAUCCCAGAAAGACUCGAAAGUAGAUCUCAUCUACCAGAACACAACUGCAAUGACAAUCUAUGAAAACCUCUCACCAGUGACUGCAUUUGGAAAGACAAAUGGUUACAUUGCCUGAUUCCAAAGGAAAGCCUUUCUGGAGUUAACCAGACCGUCACAGCCACAGCAAAGGAAAAUGCCCCAUGUUGACAUGUUUCUAUAUGUCUAAUAUCUUCAUUUUUUGUUCUGUUUGGUUAGAACUAAUGUGAGGGUGUGCAGGGGCUCAUGUAAAACAUGACAAAUGAGAAGUUGGGGCUAGCGGGGGGGCUGUGGAGGGUGAGCAAGUCAACUAUAUUCCUGAUUACCAAUGGGAUGAGUUCACUUUUUUUUUCUGGAGAAUAUGGAAAACCAGGAAAAGUGAGCUAUGGUUUUUUUUUUUCCUUUUUUCAAAAACAGAUUUUUUUUUUAAAAAGACUAUUUUAUAUGAUUCACAUGCUAAAGCUAGGCUUGUGUUGGGUUGAAUAUAUUUUAAGUAUCAGAGGUCUAUUUUUACCUACUGUAUCUUGGAAUCUAGCAGAUGGAAAAUACAUACUUGUGGAUGAUUAUCAUGUGGGGAGGGCUAGGUGGUGCCUCUUCUGCCUGGCUUUUCUAUUUGAACAUGUGCCUUUUCUGAAUUAUGCUUCCACAGGCAAAACUCAGUAGAUAUCUAUAUUUUUGUAUCGAAUCUCAUGAUUGGAAUGUACGGAAUAUUUAAACAGUAGUUUAGCAUCAGAGGUUCAGCCUUCUCAGAAGCAUUUGUGUCCGCAUUCGAUUGGAGGCAGCCUCCCUGCCCCACCUCCUGUGCGCGCCCCAAUCUUUGUUCCUUUGUCCUCGAAGUUGUCCCCAAAGGCAUUUCUGCUGGCACAAUUUCAGCCCACGAGUGAGAGUGGAGUGGAAACUAUCACCUUGAGAAUUUUGGGGGGUGGGGGGACAGGGGGAACCCUACAGUGAUGUAAUGUCCUUUCCUUGUCCCUGUUUUAUAUAAUUUUUCUCAUUUCUGUAUUUGGUAAGAAGGAUUAUUUAAAGGUGCAAUAUCUGACUUAGUGAUUCAUGAUGCUCUAGAUUUUUAGUAACGUUUUACUCAGGUUGGCAUUUUAUGUGUGUCCAUGUGUAUGUGUGUGUGUUUUUAAAAGCGUGGCAAUCUGUGAACACUUCAGUGUGAAAACAGUGUCAAAUGACCCCGCCCCCUCAAAGCCCACUGGCUUUAGUCUGUAUCUGCAGUGAUGCAUCAGUAUCUGCUGUAUAUAUAUAUACUAAACUCUCAAAACAGUCAUUCCUUUGAAUGGAGGUGUACAAAAUUUGAAUUUGUAUCAAAGAUGUAACUAUUAUUUUUAAAACCUCUUUUCAUUCUGCUGCUGUAAUUACUUUGAUUUUUUUGUAAGUGUAGAUUAAUUUUUUUUUUUUUUUUUUGGGCUUCAGGUGUGUAUCCACCAAGAAUUUCAGAAUUUGUGUGGAUUUAUUUUAUUGGUACAUAAUCUGUAAGCUUUCUCAAGGCAUUAACAUGAAAGGAUUGUUUCUUUUUACUUUAUAUGGUGGCUCAGGUUAUUCUUUGAAGAAGUUUUGAAUUUAUCCUCCGAUAGGCAAUGAAGUAUCCAAGGUUCGUAUGAAGGAGUUACCGAGUCCCUGGAGCUCUGUGGCUGUUCCCCACAGUAGUAAAUCCUGCUGUAACUGUAGGACUGGCGUGUCCUACUGAGAUGGGCGCGGGGUCUUCCCCAGUGCCUGUCUCUCACUGUCUCCAGACCCCGCCCCGCUCCUCGACUCACCAGCACUUUGAUAACUAACUGCACAUGAAUGGGGGCUUUAGAGUCAACCACAGUGGCCUGAAAGCCCUUGAUUCGAUUCAGAGGUUUAGUGCAGGAUGUCUUUUGUCCCCCUUUUCCUUUGAGGUACUGAAAGGAGAGGCGGUGGUGGGGUGAUGUUUUGGGAGAACCCUGCUUCCCAAAUGGAAAUUGCACUUUUUGCUGAUUCCUUUGCUGUCUUUGGUAGUAAGCGGUUCAUUCAGCAUGGGGUGUCCAGCCAGAGUGGGCUCUCUGGACUCAGCUGCAGAGGGGCCUUUGGCUCCUUUGUUUCGAGUCUGGGAAGGUGUGUUUCCCCAGGGUGUUGUGUGAAGCUGGGUUUGGGUGGAUGGCUCCUCUCCGCUUCGCAGCAGCUUGGCCCUUGGUGCUUGCAGAGCUUGAGAGCCCCCUCUGUUCAGGCAGUAGCUCCCUGUGCCACCUCCCUCCCCACUCUGGUUUGUCAGGAGACCACUGUGAUGGGUGCCUGCGUGUCAGAGCCCAGGGCGCUGCUGCACCCGGCCCCGCCCAUCUUGGGGAAGGACUGGGCUCUAAAAUUCCCUUAAAAGAUGAAAGCAACCAUAAUUAAAAACAGUGUAUAAAAAUGCAAAAACCAGAAAGCCGAGUCUCUCCUGCUUGGUAUGGGACAUGGGUAGCAGCUCCACAAGCCUCUCUUGGACGUCACUGCUAAUCCAGGGAGGAAGGCUUGUGGGGGAGAGUUCUGGAUUCCAGAUGGGCAGGUCACAUGAAGGUCAGGAUGCCUGCUUCUGUGCACCCUGGAGAGGGCUGGGGCUGGGUCAGUGUUGGUGAGGGUGUUGAUAGCAUAGUGAUUGAAAAGGGAAGAUUAGUGUGUAAAUAUAAAGGACAUAGGGGCUAGAGAUUGGUCAUCGAGAAGAGGAAUAUGCUUUUGGCUCCUGCCCCAACCCUUUCGGUCAUAGUGACCUAAAAUCUGGGAUGUGGGUGGAGUGGUGGGGAUGGCACCCCAUUUAGAACUGGGUGGUUGCCCAUGGCAAAGCAGCCAGAGUGGGGUUUGUUGUCAGUGAAAGUUUAAGGAGGGGUGGUCAGCUGGCCCCGGGGAUUUAGGUCAGUGAGAGCUUCUCUCACAAGCAAAGGCUUUUUGGUCUCCAAAGUUAAGUCUUGUGAUGACUGGCACCAGGAGGAAGUGGCAUGAGGGCCUGUUCCAUGGCACGAUCUCCAGCUAGACUUUGGCAUAAUGGACUCCACUGGAUUUAGACUUUGUCACGUCAGAGGCUCCUGGGGCCAUAGUUGGGGCCUGACUAUGCAGCUCAUUCACCUUCGAGUUCCAUCUGGAUGGAAGCACAUGGUUUCCUUCUGAAAUGCUUGACUGUGCUUGUUGAGCUAAGCAGCUCUUGGUGACUGAUGCUGAUUUGUGUCAGAAGUGCUCUGAGCUUUCUGACCACGUGUAACAGCCGAGCCCUCCAGUCAUUUUUCCUCGGGAGGGCACAUGAGUAGGAUGUAUUGAUGUGGACUCUAAAACUGUAAUUUUCUUGUAACUAUUUUGGAAUGAUGCAUAUUUCUAAUGUUUGUUAUACUUGUACAGAGUAUUGCUGUUGGUUGCUUUUUUUUGUUUUUUAAGGAAAAAAAUGGCCUGAAAAAAUUUUUUAAAAAGACUUAACAAAUACCAAAUAUAAAAAAUGUCAA